GCUUUAAUCGUUUCCCUGACUUUCCCUCCUUGUUCCCCUUAUACUCUACUUUUUGUGUCUUGCAGCCGUUGACCAGCUCACGUUCCUACCACCACCAUCAUCAUGACCCGCAGAGCCCAGAAGCCCCUCCCCCCGUUCCACAUCGGCGACGAUUACAAGAUCCUCCACGGCCUCGGUGAAGGCGCAUACGGCACGGUCGUCGCCGCCCUCCACAAACCCACGAACAGGGAGGUCGCGAUCAAGAAGGUGCUCCCCUUCGAGCACACCCUCUUCUGCCUCCGCACGCUGCGCGAGCUCAAGCUCCUCAAGUUCUUCUCCGAGGCGUGUGUCAAUGAAAACAUUAUCUCUAUCCUCGACAUCGUGAAACCGCCGUCUCUCGAUGACUUCAAGGAGAUCUACUUCAUCCAGGAGCUCAUGCAGACAGACCUGCACCGCGUCAUCCGCACGCAGCAGCUGACAGAUGAUCACUGCCAGUACUUCGUGUACCAGACGUUGCGCGCGCUGAAGACGAUGCACAGCGCGGACAUCGUUCACCGCGACCUGAAGCCCGCGAACUUGCUUCUGAACGCAAACUGCGACCUCAAAGUGUGCGACUUUGGGCUCGCGCGCAGCACGCGCUCGACGAGCGCGGCCGGCAAGGAGGCCGGCGUCAUGACUGAGUAUGUUGCGACGCGCUGGUACCGCGCGCCGGAGAUCAUGCUCUCCUUCAAGAUGUACACUAAGGCGAUCGACAUCUGGGCAGUCGGGUGUAUCCUCGCGGAGCUGCUGAACGGGCGGCCGCUGUUCCCCGGGCGCGACUACGGGCACCAGCUCGACCUGAUCCUGGACGUGAUCGGCACGCCGACGCUCGAGGAGUUCUACGGGAUCACCUCGCGGCGCUCGCGCGACUACAUCCGCGCGCUGCCCAUCCGCAAGCGCCGCCCGUUCACCGCGCUCUUCCCGAAGGCGUCCCCCGAAGCCAUCGACUUCCUGCAGAAGACACUCACAUUCGACCCGAAGAAGAGGCUGACUGUCUCCCAGGCGCUCGACCACCCGUACCUCUCCGCAUACCACGAUCCCGAAGACGAGCCCGCCGCGCCCUCGCUCGACCCCGACUACUUCGAGUUUGACUACAAAGAGCUGAACAAGGACGAGUUGAAACAACUCCUCUACGACGAGGUCAUGUCCUUCAACUCGCUCCUCUCCUCCUAGUCCGCCCGCCCUCUCUCCCUCUGCGACGACCCAACCAUGAUGAAACCCGAGUACCGAACACAACUGAGUCACCCUACGCGCGGCCAAGACGCUUCUCGUAGCCUUUCACUAUGCACCCCUUCUCUGGAUAUACCGCGGGCACACAUUGACUAACCGCCAGCCACCCGCCCCCGCUCGUUUGUUGUUGCAUACUGCUGUAGCACCGCACCAAGUACCAUUAUUAUAUAUUACCUAUUUAUGGAGGGAAUAAUACAUUCAGGGUUCCGUUUUCUUUCAC